GCGCCGCCAUUGUGCACUCCCAUUAGCGUGCACACACACGCGCGCGCACUCUUUGUCCUUCCCCGCCGUUCCUGGCCCCACGUGUGCUGUUCGGUGUGCUCCGGUUACUGUUGGUGUGGUGUGAUCUAGUGUGAAUAGAUUGGUGUGUGAUGAAGAUGAUGAUGAUGGCGAUUGUGGAGUGAUGUGAAAUCGUGCCUUUUUUAUUGAUUACACUCGCGGUGUGUGUGUGUGUGUGUGUACACGUUUAUUCCUGUACACUCGGAUUCGCUCAGGUUCGAUGGAAAAACGUGCUGCGGUGGUGAUGCAUUUCAGGGGUUUCUCGUGCUGUAGCUAAGGCCCCGUUUCGCUGCCACAGUAAGCUUUAGCCCUGAUAUAGUGUGUGUGUGUGUGUACAAUCAUAGUUCAAAUUUUUACAGUCCUUCACACGUGAAGUGACGACUGCCGCCUGAGUGUGUGUACUUGUGUUUGCAGCAUACAGUGUUAGCUCGACGCAAAAGCCGACGAUCUAUAUAGUAGUACCUCACACAGCCGGUUCUCCGGAUUGUUUUUGUGGGGCCAACCACCUCUUUGUGAGCGCAAGUGACCCCUGCUCGGCAGUCAAACACUGCUCCAGUAGCGGAGCCGAAACGAACGCCGUAACCCUGGACACCGAUAUGAUGAAAAUGGAUACGGACAAAAUCAUGGACGACGGGAUCAGUAAUUCACAGUACACCACCCAGAUACUGUACGAUCCGGCGAGGAAGAAAGAACCGUCGCCGACGUUUCAAACCGAGCGCGAUACCUGUCUGUCGUACUUCUCCAAAUGGAACGAGGCCAACCAGGUGGACUUUGUCGAGCAGCUUCUCUCCCGCAUGUGCCAUUACCAGCACGGACACAUCAACGCCUACCUGAAACCGAUGCUCCAGCGCGACUUCAUCACACUGCUGCCCACAAAAGGAUUGGAUCACGUGGCAGAAAACAUUCUCUCCUAUCUAGACGCCAAGUCGCUGUGCCGGGCGGAGCGCGUUUGCAAAGAAUGGUCCCGCGUCAUCUCCGAAGGCAUGCUGUGGAAGAAGCUGAUCGAACGAAACGUCCGCACCGAUUCCCUCUGGCGGGGGUUGGCAGAACGCAAAGGAUGGAUCAAAUAUCUGUUCAUACCGCGGCCAGGCGUCACACUGCGACAGCACAAGUUCUACCGCGAGCUGUUCCCCAAGAUCAUGAAGGACAUCGAGGCGAUCGAGAACAACUGGCGCACGGGCAAUCACAACCUACAGCGAAUAAACUGCCGGUCAGAGAAUUCGAAGGGCGUCUACUGUUUGCAGUACGAUGACGACAAGAUUGUGUCCGGGCUGCGCGACAACACGAUCAAGAUCUGGAGCCGCUCGACGUUGCAGUGCUGCAUGAUUCUUACAGGACACACUGGCUCGGUGUUAUGCCUACAGUACGACGAUAAGGUCAUCAUUAGCGGGUCGAGCGAUUCGACGGUGCGCGUGUGGGACGUGAACACGGGCGAAAUGGUCAACACGCUGAUACAUCACUGUGAGGCGGUACUGCAUCUGCGCUUCAACAACGGCAUGAUGGUAACCUGUUCGAAGGAUCGUUCCAUUGCCGUGUGGGAUAUGGUGUCGCCGACGGAGAUUGGACUGCGGCGCGUCCUGGUUGGACACCGGGCGGCCGUCAACGUGGUCGACUUCGACGAGAAGUACAUCGUGUCGGCAUCCGGCGACCGCACGAUCAAGGUGUGGAACUCGACCAACUGCGAGUUUUUGCGCACGCUGAACGGCCACAAGCGGGGCAUCGCCUGCUUACAGUAUCGCGACCGGUUAGUGGUCAGCGGUAGCUCGGAUAAUUCGAUAAGACUAUGGGACAUCGAGUGUGGUACCUGUUUGCGAAUUCUCGAGGGCCACGAGGAGCUCGUUCGCUGCAUUCGGUUCGAUUCGAAGCGCAUCGUUAGCGGGGCGUACGAUGGCAAAAUCAAAGUAUGGGAUCUCCAAGCUGCCUUAGACAUUCGAGCACAAACCAAUACGCUGUGCUUGAAAACGUUGGUGGAACACACCGGUCGCGUAUUCCGGUUGCAAUUCGACGAAUUCCAGAUCGUGAGCAGUUCACACGACGACACGAUUCUGAUCUGGGACUUCCUUAACUGUUCGCCGCAGGAGGAAACGACCGCACCGUCCUCCGGUGGCAGCAUCGUCCCGAGCAACCAUCACAACAACAGUGGCAGCAGUAGCGGCAGCGGCUCUAUCGGUGGCGGACCAGCGAUCGGUGGCGUGGUCGGUGUUGGCAUGGGCGGUGGAGGGGGUGGCGGCGGGGGCGACGGUGGUGGCAGCAGCAGCAGUGGUGGAGGCGGUGGCAACCUAAACGGCAGCCUAGCGCUGCAAAACAGGACAAACAACAAUGGUGCCGGCAACAACAACAACAACAACCUGCAGAACGAUGAUCUGAGCGACUAAAACUGAUGAAAUCUUACAUCUUCUUGUUUGGAGUUGAGCUGAGGAGUGUGUGGCGACGACGACGAUGAUGAUGACGAUGAUGAUGAUCGAUCAUCGGGAAUCUGUGGUGUGAAGAAGAAUCCGUAAUCAUCUCUAUACAUACCCCCCUUCCCAUCAGCCCAAACCCAACUUUUUUUCUCAAAUGAGCGCGCGUGAUCUUAUUGUAGAGGAAGAGGAGGAGGAGGAGGAGAAGAAAGCGGUUUGCCUUUUCUGUUUGCUACAAACCACAACAACAACAACAUUCAUACACACCGGACAUACAUAGAUACUCACAUGUUCACACCCAAUAUAACGCGCGCAGUGAUACUCUGGAUCCCCUUUUUUUCUUUACCUUUGAAUUCGCCCCUCCUCCCUCUCACCCCCCUUCCACCUUUUCGGAAUUUCAUCCUGGCGCUUGCCCGUUCCAUUUUAUUUAUUAAAAUAAUACAAAGUAUAUGCAGUAAACAAUGCAACAGCAAUCGUGGCUUUUGCAGCAGCCUGGCGGGCCGCCGCCUCGCCGGGCUUCUGCACAGUGUAAUUGAAGGAAAAGAAUGAUUGGUUUACCUUGCAGUUGAAAUCGGUUUACUACGAUCGAUGGGAGAGAGGCACAGGAUGCGCGAAACACAAGACACGGAACGGCCAGCACCCAUUGCGUGUAUAUGUUUUGACGUCUAUCUUGGUUCUUCGCUAACACCUCUCUCUCUCUAUCUCUCUCGCUUGCUCUUUUUCUCUUUACCUUGUUUUCUCUCUUGCUUAUUCUAGUAGCCAACUGCGAUUGUGCCUGCCUCAAAGAAAUUGCUUCAAGAAGUGUGGCGGAGACAAUUCGUCAUAUUCUCCGGUUUUUUUUUGCACGGCGAUCGCAUUAGUCUACACCUGUGUUUAGCUCGUUUUCUGACCUUAUGUGACUCAGUAUUGCUAAGUCCAGCCGAGGAUGGAAUCGACGCUUGUCCUAGCCUUGAUGUAGAGGAAACAGGAGAGAUAGAGAGCGAGAGAGAGAGAGAGAGAGAGCGAGAGAGCAAGAAAGAACAUGAAUUGAGAACAAGAGAGAGAGAGAGGGAAAAUGAAGAAAAAAGAACAGGAAAAUUGGAAAGAAACAAAGGAAAAGUAGAAAAAAAGUUUCGAAAUCUCUAAAACAGCCCUAAAACAAAGAAGAAGAAAAAAAACAAGAGAAAAACACACGACGCCACCCCUUGUGAUGAAGAAGGCAGGACAGAUCAAACGGAACUGAUUCAUUAACAGAAAAAGAAGAAGAAAAAAAGCCCCACAAAAACUGAAGUAGCAGUAAAUGAUUGAAUAAAGCAAAAAAAAAAGAAAGAAAGGAAGGAUGAAAGAAAACAGCAAACACAGGAAACGUGAGCACAGAAUAUAAUUGUAACCUCUCUCGAGCAACAACAACACAAGCAAAACAGAAAAUGGUCUGAACUUAUGAGUGUAACAUAUAAAAAGAAGAAAAAAAACUAAAACAAACUAAGGUGUAUGUGUUGAGUUGUGUGUGUGUGUGUGUGUGCGUGUAUGUGUGCAUGCGUGUAAAAAGAGAAACUUUAUCGAAAGGAGAAACCGCAAUGCAGAUGACAAAACAUAACAUGGAAACAAAUGCCCUCUCUAGGAAGGAAAGUGAAUCAUAUACAAUGAAUAAGCGUUGUGUUACGCGCGCUGCAUUGUUGCAUUGUUGCGUGCUGUGCUGCAGGUGAUCCAUUCGCGACUGCGCACCAAACCAAACGCCUUUGUUUAGCGCCACGCACGCGAUGGAAUGUGUUUUUCUCUCUCUUUUUAAUUUCAAUUGCAUAUACAUAUGCGUGUGUGUGUGUUUGUGCGUGUCGGCCGAAGGAUAAAAAAAUCAAUAACCGAAAGUGUGUUCAUGGUGUAGACUGUAUGUGUGUGUGUGGGUGUGUGUUCUCGCACGAGACUUUCCCGCGUUUCCAGCGCAAGAAUUCCUUAGUUCCGUUACAAUGUUCUGAAUUGGAAAGGGCGGAAUGUAUGAGGAUGCACCACCCCUCCCCAAAAUACACUCAAAUAUAGGGGAUAAACGCGUAAAUUUCGAUCUUACUAACAAAGCAACACAACAAAACCCAAGGCUGUUCGAGUGGAGUGUAGUGGAAGUGGUUGUAGAAAUGGAAAAACGUUAGCAUAAACCGUGCUGUGUGUGUGUGUACAGAGAUGUGUGCAGGGAAAAGGGGUGAAAGGCAAGAGGGGAAGAAUUGUUAACAGAGGGGAGAACACGAGAAAAAGGGAUGAAAGAGUAGUAUUGACAUUGUGCGACUGUUACUAGAAUUAUAAUAAUUAUUAUCAUUUUCUAAUUCUUCUUAGCACGAAUUAUUAUCAACUCUACAAAAUGAUCAUUAUGAAGCAGUUUUAUUAGUACAUCUAAGAGAAAGGCUGCCCGGGUGUGUGUGUGUGUGUGGCGGGGGAUGCUGCAGAUUUGAGUAAAACACUAGAGGAAAGCUUCUUAA